UGUUCAGAAUCAGAUGAGAACGAAAACACGCGUUCAAUUGUGAAUUGUUCAUUAUUAAAUUUUAACCUAGUAGAUAUCGCACUUGAAAUAUGUCUAACAGACAUUUAUUUUCGAUUCCUGCCAUAGUCAGUGCACCUCUGAAAAAUGGAAUCGGCCGAUAUGUUUGUCAGCUGCAAAGAGUAACGCUGAAAUUUUGCAAAACUAGGGGAGACAGCAAAGGCAUCAGAGAUUUUAUUGAGAGAUAUUUGGUGGACUAUGCAAAAAAUAACCCUGGUGUCGUAGUUUACCUUAAACCUAGAAGACACAGGCCUGCUAAGCUCGCUAUGGAAUUCUUAAAUGGCGAACGGCAUGAGUUGUCUUGCUGUCAAUUUGAUGGAUUCACAGUGGGCCAGUUCCUCAACUUGUACACCAAAUGCAGUGGUCGCCAGGAGUCACGACUGACUAAUGUCCAAUACACCAACCACCCUUCAAUUCAGGGACCUUGGACGCCUUGGACCAACAGAAAUCCUGAAAUGGCUGUUGCUGAUCUGAUCCACGACAAGAAGUGGAGGGAAAUGUACAACAAGGCGCCUUCGGCAACAGAAAUGGUGCUUGAUAUGUUCAAGCAGCAACAGAUGAGCAACCAGAUUCAAAUCGAAGAGAAGCAGGCCGAGUGAAUGUUUUUAUGGUUCAGUUUAGAAUAAAGAAGUUUAGAUACAAAAAAUAA